AUGCAGACCAACCGUUUUCAAGACUCUACUGUCAAAGCUCCAUCACCUUUAGGAAGGAGACAAUCUACUACUUUUACACAAAACACGGACCACUUGGACCAUAUUCUUCACUCUGUACGACAACAAAUUGAACGAUGGGGAACUAAUGCUAAAUGGAAAAUAGACCUUGUAUUGACUGAACCUGGACAACCACAACAACCACAACAACCGCAACAACAACAACAACAACAACAACAGCAACCUCCUUCUAAACCAACGGCUUAUUCAUUACCCGUAUCGGCCACUACCCAAUAUCCAUGGGAUUAUGUACCACCUUAUCAUGACAAAUGGAACAGUGAAUAUACAGAAGAUCAAGAACAACAGCUACGAGAAGCUUUGGAACGAAACCAAUAUCUUGAAGGCAUUGUUCGCUCCCAAGCCGAUCAACUGCGACAAUCCCCAGUAUUACCACCUGACCUCAACAACGUGGUAGAAACUAUGAAACAAGUUUAUCUCAUGUCGGAAAAUGAACAACGAUUACGAUAUCAAACAGAAACAAGGCUAUUGCACAAAGAUAUUCAAACAUUGACCAAACGAUUACAACGCAUGGCUCAAAUAUUACAUUCCGUAGAAGAUUUAGAAUUACCUGAAAAAGAUGCUCAGUUAGAAAAGGAUGAUUUGUUGACGGAUAGAAAACGAUUGUUACAAAAAGUUCACCUUGUACAACUACGACUAAAAGCACGCGAUGCGGAAUUGGAAUUUUUACAAUUGAAACAAAACCAACAUAAAGACGAGAUCACUCCAGCAACCACUUCUCCCGCUUUGAAUCAAUCCUCCCCUCGAUUUGAUGCUCGUAAUAAUCGACCUUAUCUCUUCCAGCAACAAUAUUCACCCAAAUUAAGGAGCGACAUUCGACCUAGUACUAUCUCUGGUUUGGAUAGUCUCGGAAUAUUGGCUGAUCAAAUGCUUAGUGAUCCUGAUUUUGAAUCUCAACAUGCAACGUAUAGUAGUAGCAAUACUCCAACCUAUUAUAAUCAUGAAAAAAGAUCCAAACGUUCUAUUGAUUCUGCAAAUACUUUGUUAUCUAUGUUUCCUUCAAGGUCUCCUCAAUAUUCUGAUAGAGGACAACCUAUUUCCAAACCAAAAAACAAAAUGGCCUAUGUUCGAUGGACACCAAAUGAAGAUCAAUUACUGCGACAAUCAGUGGAACAAAAUGGAACAGGCAAUUGGGACAAGGUAGCAAGUAUGGUUCCAGAUCGAAGUGGUCAACAAUGUAGACAGAGAUGGAGUAAAUAUUUGGAUCAACGGCAUGGACAAUCUUCUAGUACAAAAGAAAGCACUCCAACCACUGAUGCAAGGCAUUCACCAUCUAUUGCGUCAUUAUUGAACUCUACUACAAGUUUGGAAAAUGAUGGUCAAAAUAUCAAAUCUUCGACAUCUCAUUCGGUUUCUCCUCCGUCACACUAUAGUCAUACUGCUGCAACUGAUGCUUCUUCUUCUUCUUCUUUACCACAAUUCCCUUAUGGCUAUCAUCCUCCUUCCCCUGUAUCUACACCCAAGAAUCAACGUCGUUUUGUGGAUAGUCUAGAUAGAAAUGGAUAA